AUAAACCCUCGAGUAAAUGAAACAUUUGCGGUGCGGUAUGAAGAUAGUUGAAUGUAAAAAAAGCGAACAAGCAAUGUUUUUUUAAAUUCUUUGUUCGCAAAAUAAUUAUUUACUUACUGAAUUUUGUAGAACUUUUGUUUAAAUACGUUUACUUUGGUGGAGAUAUUUUUGAAAAAAGAUCAUUUUUGAUUUGUGAAAGACGGACCAAAGAAAAUUAUGAAUUAUGAACUUCCUUUAAAAAAGUAUUGAAACUUGAAAAUCAAAAGAUUGCAUUACGAUAACCAGUAUAUUCAAGGUUAUUCAUGUGAACAAUCAAGAUGAUGUCAUUAAAAGUGUUAUUAAUGGUUACAAUAGUUUAUCCUAGUAUAGCUGUAGAGCUAGACUUUCCAACAAAUGGAUUUCGUAUCCUCCGAAUGAAUCAAGUAACAACCCAAAACAAUUAUAUCAAAUUGCGGUUUAAAACAACUGAAGCUACUGGGUUGAUUUUCUUUGCUCAGGGAGCAAGUAAAACUGAGUUUUUGUCUAUGGAGCUGUUUAGAGGAAAAAUAAGAGUUGCAGCUAAUUAUGGAAAUGGGCCAGUGAAUCAACUUCGUCCGAUUGACGGUUUUUAUGAAAUGUACCUUGGCAAAGACUUGGCUGAUAAUCAAUGGCAUACUGUUGAAUUUAUUAGGAAAGUACGAGAUAACACACUUUAUAUCGAUCGGGGUGAAAGAAUGGAAAAGUCAGCUUUCACAAUGUCACCACCUACAUAUGAGGAGUUAACUGUUUCUAUGGUGACCUUUACUGGUUAUUAUUCAUUUCAUAUGAAUGAAAUCAGUAAACAAAAGUCUUUGUCACGAAAAGGGUUUAGAGCCUGCUUUUCAGAAGCUAUAUUUAGUCAAUAUUUACCUGGUAAAAAUGGAAUGAUGUAUGACUUUUUAACAAUAAAUUCUCCUAACAUACAAUCUUUCCCAACAAAUAAUGUUGCUCAACCAUGUACAAAUCCUGCCUAUGCUCCAUUGUUUUUUCCUUCUGCUGCUGUACACAUUAGUCUCGUACAAAACUAUUCAAUUCAAUCCAUGAAAAUGGAGAUGAAAUUUCGUACUGUUAUUAAUGAACAAAUACUUGCAAACUAUACUACAAUACAAACAGCUGAUAAAAUCAAGUUAUUCAUUGACAGAAAAGGUCGGGUUGGAGUUGGUGUUGAAUUUAAACAAAACAUGCAGAUUAUUCAAACAGCAACAGAAAACUAUCAUGAUGGAGAAUGGCACAACGCAUCUUUUGAAAUUGACAACAUUGCUACAACUGAUGGUUCCUUUGUUCUCAAAUUUACAGUAGAUGGAAGAACAAGACUUUCAACUUUGAAUCAAGCAUUUUAUUUUAAUGGAUAUAUAAAUAUUGGAUUUGGUUUCACUGGAUGCAUGAGAGAUAUAAAAAUUAACGAUGAUGAUAUUAAAAGUGUACGAAGAGAUUUAAAAGAUCCAAAGCAAUUUUUUACUUAUGAGGAUACAGGUGUCAUAUAUAACUCGUGUAGUCUAAAAGACUAUUGCAAUCCAAAUCCAUGUCAACAUGGUGCCAGCUGUAAUCAGACAGAAGAUAACAUAAAAUGUGACUGUCACAAUACUUUGUAUGAAGGUUCUACAUGUCACAGACCUCGUUUUAAUUACACUUGUGCUGGUGUGAGAAAGUCUGGAGAAAAAAGGAGUGAUGUUUAUUAUAUUGAUUUUGAUGGAAUGGGUCCUAUGCAACCUGUACUUGCUUUGUGCGACCUUGGUAAAACAGUUGAAAGUAGUGUUACCCAAAUAAAUAACACAAACUAUGAUGACAAAGAUGUCACUACACCGACAGGAGUAAACUUUUUUGAUAUUGAUUAUGCGGCAAACAUAAUUCAGAUGAGAGAACUGAUUUUAAACAGUGCUUUUUGUGAACAGUAUGUUAAAUAUACGUGUCUUGGAACUCCAAUAUUUAGAUCACCAGAAGGUCCACCAUCUGUUAAAUGGAUGGGAGGUGAUGACAUCUUACAUUACUAUUGGGGAGGUGGAAAAAAUAAUCGUGGGUAUUGCGCAUGUGGUCUUGAUCAAACAUGUUUUAAUGUUGGAAAAUAUUGUAAUUGUGAUGAUUUAAAUGCUUACCAAAAUCUUUUUGAUGAAGGGAAUUUUACAACAAAGGAGCACCUUCCAGUUCGCCAAGUGCAGUUUGAUCAAGUUUUAAAAGGCUCAGUUACUGGUAAAUUACGAGUUGGUCACUUAAGAUGUGCUGGAUAUGGUGCUAGAGAGGUAGGAGCUACCUUUCGAAAACCAUACUCCUAUUUAUCUGUCUACUUUCCUGAUCAACCUUUUGAUAAUAUAUACGCAGGUGGAGUUUCAUUUGAGUUUAAAACUUCGGUUGCUUACAACUAUUUAGUUUUAGUACAUGCUUGGGGACCAUUUUCUGGUGACUAUCUUAAGGUAAUGAUUUGGUCAAGGACAUUGGUAAGAGUACUUCUAAAUUUCGGUUUUGGAGAAAUUAAGCAAGAUGUUGACAUUGAAAAAAUUGGAAGAUAUUUAGAUGACAAUGAGUGGCAUGAGUUUGAUGUUAUGUUUAAUAUGAAAGAGCUUAAUGUGACAUUAGAUGGAAUUCUCAUGAUACAAGGAUUACCUUUGCAAGAUGACCCUGUUCAGUUUAAUGUUGAUGGAAAACCUCUAUAUGUUGGUGGAAGUUUUCAUGAUGAGUUUGGCUUUGUUGGAUGUAUUCGUAGUCUGUAUGUAAAUGGAAGAGUUUCUAAUAUCCGACAAAUUGCUGAAGGACAAGAAGAUUUUGGAGUUUACCCUGGUUGUGGUUCAGCAUGUGUGUUGCUCAACAGACCUUGCAAUUAUGGUUACUGUGUUGAUCAUUACGAUUCGUUUUCAUGCAAUUGUUCAGUAUCACCAUUCGACGGAAAGUAUUGUCAAAAUGAAACCUAUCCAAGGAGCUUUACUAGCAGCGACCAGUAUUAUUCAUAUGAUUUUUCAAAAGGAAAUAAUACUAUUGUUGAUCGCAUUGCUCAUGGCAUUUUUGUUGUUGGGUUUAAAACUAUCGAAGACAAUGUUGCCUUAGCUCAGUUGCAGGGAAUGAAUGACCGCCAUAUUUCACUUGCAUUAACCAAUGGCUAUUUGACUCUUUUUUACUCUUUAAAAAUCAAAGUUAGAAAUUCUCUUGGAAUGGUAACAGAUACGGAAACACAAGUUUUACGUAUUACAGACCGUAAAUUAAGCAACAACGAACAUAAUGUGGCAAGAGUUGAAUUUUCCAACGAAGAAAUAUAUCUUAGUGUGCCAACUUAUGGUUUAAAAGUGGGUGCAAAUGCAACAGAGCGUUUCAUUGAUGUUUUCAAUAAGAAUUUAGGUACAAAAAUUGAUUUAUUUGGUGUUCCAUCCAGUUUUUCUGUUGGUCGAAUUACGACCAACGUUGGCUUAGAUUUUGGUCCAUACACGCCAGUUACUUCGUACACUGGAUGUAUGAGUGGUGCAAAAAUAAUUCUCAAUCCUUAUCCUAAUGCCACUAUGAAGUUCCGUAAAUCUUUUGAAUUUGAUAUUUUCAAACUGGCACAAAAUAAACCGUUGACUGACACUGAUCAAAAUCCAUUUGGAGCAUCAAGCGUUCCAGCACUACCGGGUUCAUGUGGCCCACCUCUCCCAUUACCAGGUGUUUUGCCCACUGUUGGUCCAGCAAGACAAUUUUUUACUUUAUCUCCUGGCUUGGACGAUUCAGUUGUCCUUACGAAGGUCAACCCUAUUGAUCGAAUAAUAUUGCUUGUCGCAAUAGUUCUAGCAGUAUUGUUUAUUGUUAUUAUUGGUUUGAUUUUCUGGUGUGCGGAUAGAAACGCUAGAGAAUAUUAUCGUCUAAGAAACGAAUCAAAUACUAAAUCGUCAAAAAUAACAAGUUAUCCUAAAGAUGAAGCUUUUAACUCAAAGCCAUAUGUUGUUUCAUCGUCCAAACAAAAACCUCAACAAGAGGACGACUUUUUAUAAGUUUGUAUGUUCUAAUGUAUUUUAUUCUAUUUAUUCAAAGCUUGAGUUUUAUAGGUUAUAAAUUAACCUAAUUAAAAUGUUUCUAUAAAAAGUAACAUUCAAAGUCGAAAAGACGCUUAGAAAUUUUACUUUGACGAUAUAUUUAAAUGAUUUUCACAGAAUUCUGCAGUAUAUUUUAUUUAUCAGAGUUCGAGUUGAAGUUGUUGGAUCGAAUUCUUUCUGAAUAAUAAUUAUCUUUAUUUUUAUUAUUAAUAUCUUGAUAUUUUUGUAAUUUUUGCAUUUUUAACUUGUUAAUUUUUUUUUACUUUUUCUCUAAAAACUGUGUAAAUUUAUGCUAUUUGUAUAUCAAAAUAAAUUUCCAAAUAACUUUUUA